AUGCCUGGCACUCUGCUGCGCGCCUACUUCCUUGGCCUGCUGGCCUUCACCUUUGCCUGCCGCAUGAGCAACUGCCAAAACGGUGGCAAAAGGGCAAUGUCUGAGAAUUCAGAGGACUCAGUGCGUCUCCUCCAGCCAGGAGAAGAUAAGGCACAGCUUGGGGACCAACGUCUGCUGCUACGAGAAGCUGGGCUACUCCCUGUGCACAGUGGAGACAAUGUGCUGCGUGGAGAACAGUCUGAUUCCUCCCUGCCUGUAGAGUCUGAAGUCCUGCAGCAACCGAAGGCUGUGCUGCCAGAAGAUAAGUGUGCCGGCGACCCGGCGUGCCGCCAAGCCUUUGAAAAACGCCAUGGAACCAGGGGCAUAAGUAUAGCCCACUACCAGGGAUCAGCCAUGAUGCAAGUGCUGCAGAGACUAGUGAAUCGUUUGAAAUACAGCAUCCAACCCUGA